AUGUCAUCACAACAAGAUAGCCAAUCGUCAUCCACAAAACACAAAGUUGAUCCGAAUGGAAAGUAUUAUGAAGUUUUAGGAAUUGAAAAUUGGCAAGAUGCCUCUUCCGAAAUUAUUCAAAAAGGUUUUCGUAAGAUGGCAGCACUCUACCAUCCUGAUAGAGUUGUCGAUGAUGAAGAGAAAAAGAAGGACUAUGAGACCAAAUUUUCUAAAAUAACAGAAGCCAACUCAAUCCUCAAAGAUCCCGAACUCAAAACUAAAUAUGAUCUUAUUCUAAAGCAAGCAGAAUUUAAAGAAAAGCAAAAACAGGAAAUGGAUGAAAAAACUAAAGAGUUGAGAGAAUCUUUGGAGGAGAGAGAAAAACAAGCUCAUCAAAAUCGAUUGAAAAAAGAGAAUAUGGAUCUAGUCUUUGCUAAUAAGGAAUUGGCAUCAAGAAUUAAGGAAAGUGGAGCCUAUGAUGCCCUGUACAAAGUUCAAGAAAAGAAGCAGGAAAGAGAAAAGAAGGAAAAAAAAGACAAGAAGGAAUCAGGUCCCACUCGACAAGUCAUAGUUUCUUGGAAGAAAUCUCAGGAAAUAACUGAAGAAAAACUCAAAGUACUCUUUACAAGAUUAUUUGGACUUAUUGAAAUUAUGAUUUUCAAGGAAGCCAAAAGGAAAUGCAUUAUUUCUUUCGAAUCCGAGUCAAGUGCUCAGAAAGCAAAAGAAUUCGAUUGGGAUGAUCUCAUUCAAUACAAAUUUAAAGUCAAACUAGCUGGAGGAUCUUCAUCGUCAACAACUGAAGAGAAUGAUACUAAAAAAAGAGCAAUGAGUGAAGCAACAACGAUUGAAUCUGACUCUGAGGAAGAAUCAAGCAAACAGGAUUAUGAUCUCAAUUUAAGACUAAUGAGAAUGGCCAAUAAGAAACACAAAAUAACCUAA